AAGACUCUCCUCUGAGGACGUGAGUCGUCUCUACACAAAUGUUUUCCAUGAGUCCUGCAGCAUGGAGGACGUACACGUGGCCUUGAAGAAGGUUAGAGAAGGAGACAGUCAGUGGUCGUGUGUUGGUGAACACCUUCUGGACGUCAUCACCGAAAUGAAGACCGCAAAGGAGAGGAAAGAAAAGUUGUACUGGGAGGGUCAGCUGCUCAACGCCGGACAACAUGUCCACUCUCACGCCACGACGUGUCCUCACCGAAGCUCCAAAACGUCCUGCUGGCGUCACACUGGCAGCACUCAGAGGAAGACAAGGAUGGAGGAAGAGGAGCAGCUAUGCAGUGUGAGAAGCCUCCAGAAGGCAGCCAGACACAGCUGGGCUAAAUUGGUGACUGAGGGUGUGCGAGGCAUGCUGGCCUCUCCCAGCACAGGGGUCAGAGGUCAAGCCUGGGGCUGUAUGUCUGCGUCAGAUGUCCUCCUCUUGAUGGACGUAAAGUAUGACGUCGUCACUCGUUUGCUUUACGCUGACAUGCUGCAGGAACACCACAAUGUGGACGUGUGGGAGGCUCUGUCGCCAUGGCAACGGCACGAAGAAGAAGUUCGGCUCGGGGAUCUUGCAGAGGAGGCGUUGGAGGACAACGACAUGCUCCGAUUGGCUGAACUGCCAGGAGCAUUUAGAAUAUACAGGACGUGUCGUGAGUCCAGUCGAGAGUGCUUCACUGCUGUCUCUCUCCUCUACAAGUUCAACACAUCACGUCAACAAGAAAGGGAAAGCCUAACCGCUUUGGCAGAGAGGCUGGACAAGGACAGUCUGAGCCUGAUGUGCUGGCAUAUCAGGCUGGCAACGCUCAAAGCUGAAAGGGAAAACACAUCCAAUGAUGCGUAUUUGGGAGCGCAACAAUGUUGGGACAUGUGGCCACAUGUUUACAGUCCAUGCAGAGAAGAGCAGGCUGCUUCAUUGCUGCACAGUGGAGACGUAGAAGAACACCCAAGAGACUGCCAAUCAUCACAGCAGGCCUUGCUGCAGUUGCUGGUGCUCAGCCAGGAGCAGGAGAGGAAGCAGCUGGUCCACUUGCUACAUGGAGUCACCUUAGAGGAUGUGCAAAAACCCGCUCCCACAAAGUCUCCUAAAGCAGAUUGCGUCAAGAAGCUGAAACAAAUCCGCCACACCUGGGAAACGAGCAGUGAGAUCAACAAAGCCCGGUCUGACAUCAGCAGAGCCCCGACAGAGUGGUCCCAGGACCAGCUGGAGCAGGUGUCCUUGAGACUCUUGACACAUGUCAUGGAGCUGCAGGAGAAGCAGACGUCGUCGUUACUUCAACAUUUGAUGAACAAGGGUGAGCACAACCUUCAAGGACUUCAAGAAGAGUAUGAAUCCAAACUGCGAGAAGACCAACACAACAAUCUUCUCCAACUCAUAAGCACGGAAGCGUCUUCCACCACUUCACACACUCAUUGGAUUCAGGAACAAGUCCAAGAUCAGAUGACUUGUAGUGGACCCGCUGAGAACCAGAACCUCACCGCUGGACCUCCUCAAUCUCAGACCACAACCAGCAGUGAAGGAAAUGGAGGCCAAACUGAGGAUGUACCUAAUAAACAGGCUGUUUGUGCAGGGUGUGGAUUGACACUUGGGAGUCUGCCCUACUUGGAGGUCUCCUGUGUGGCAGCUAAAGUGGAUGAAGAAGCUGAGGAGGAGGAGGAAAGUCAAACAAAAAAACAGGAUGAGGAAGAGGAUGCUCUCAUACUUCUGGCUCGGAGCUCACAGAAAGAGGACCACGCUCGUCCUGAGGAAGACAAUGUCAACGUCCAAACGGAGACUUUGGAAGGACAAAGCACGGCUGGGAAAAGGGAGAUGGAGAAGUUGAGGUCUUGUCUGAGUCCCAUCCCUCACGCCGUCUCAGAACUGCAGGACUCUUUGGACGUGAAGCGACAUCACCUGGCGCCUGCGACGUCCAGUCAGACAGUCCAUAAGGCCGAGGUGAAGGACAGACCAGUGAUGUCGUCGCUGGAAAGAGAGAAGACGGUGCGUGAGCUGGUGGACGUGCAGAGGCGGGCGGAGAGGAAGCAGCAGCGACACCGAGAAAGACAGCAGCUGCGGGUCCAGGAACGUGUGUCCAUCAUCCAGAGCAGGAAGACCGAGGACCAGGUGUUUGGGGACAGCAUGAGACAUCUGACAAAAGAGCUUUCCCAGGUCAUUAUUGCAACUGUGGAGGACAAAAGUCAGCAGAAGACUUUGGUGAAAGAAAAACUGGAGCAGCUCAGAAGAGAACGUUCAUUUAUUAUGCAGUCCAGAAGAAACAAGAAUGCAGCAGGACUGAAGGAACUCUUGCAGCCUGUACAAGUCCUCAGCACACCUGAAGGCACUGACUCUUCCUCUUCAACCUGAUGCUCUGGUAAACUUCUGACUCUUCUUCUUCUUCUUCUUCUUUGCUGUCAUAACAACAUCAAAACACCUUAAGUGCUACAAUUAUUCUUACUGUUCUAUAGAUGCAAGUAGAACAAGCAUUAAUGUGACAGACAGACAAGUUAUAUUCUCACUGGACUUCUGAUUGAUCACUUUACACCAGCUGUGUGCACGUGGACACAUUUUAUCGGAUUAAAUGGCUAACCGGAAUAAAAAUGCUCCAUGUAAACACGCCAUUCAGAAUAUUCUGACCCCAUCGCACGCGUUCGGUUCAAAAUUCAUUCGGAUCGAGACACGAGCUUUAUCACAAUCAGAAAUACUUUAUUAAUCCUUGAGGGGAAUUAAGAUUUUCAGCACAAUCCCAUUCAAAAUCAGACAAACAUUACAGGGAGACAGAACAGGAUCAAACAUUACAGGGAGACAGAACAGGAUCAAACAUUACAGGUAGACAGAACAAACAUUACAGGGAGACAGAAAAGGAUCAAACAUGACAGGGAGACAGAACAGGAUCAAACAUGACAGGGAGACA